GAAAUCUUAUUUCUCCUGUCAUUCUUUUUUGGACUCCUUACGUUCUUGUUUCAUUUUUUAUUCCACACUUGUUUAUUGACUUUUCUGUGAUUGUCUAAGAUAAAAUAUUUCAGAUGAAUGUUUCAAGAUUAAAAUGGAAUGUUUUCCUGUAUAAGAAUCAGAAAAGUUUUGUUCAUGAAGAUGUGAGAAACCUGCGAUAUUUGAUUCCAGGAUUGAAUCCUGUUGAGAUGAACUAUAUUUCCAGCCAAACUCAUCUUUUAGCAAACAUUAAACUGUCAGGGACCCAGGAGAAGAGAAUAAGAUGCCAAAAUAUUUUGCUCUCUGAAGAGUUCCCCGGUCCUAAAAACCAGUUCUCCCACAUCAAUUGUGAUAUAAAAGCUGAACGUCUUCAACGGAUACUAAAUGAAAACAACUUAAAGGACAAGAAUGUUCGGUUUGCAAGUUACAAACUCCUGGAUACUCUCAUGGACUCUACUAAGAACAGUUAUGCAUUCCAAUGUGUGGCAAGAAGGAUUGAGUUUAUAUUGGAAAAGAAUAUGGAUGCCGUCUCUGCAGUUGAGAUUUUACAAACUAAAGUAAAAAAUAAGGUGAUAAAGGGUUUUAUUUCUGAAAUGCAGGAUGAGAAGAUGGUGAAUAUGCAAAGAGAAAUUUUAAAUUAUGAACAGCUAAUCAGAGAUCAACCUUUCAGCUCAGAAGAUUUUGAAUUUCAAGUUCCACCGGGUGGUAAAUCCAAUGCUAUGAUAUCUGACCCAUUCUUUCUCUUAAGCAGACUCAAUAUAUUAAGAAACGUGUACAUAUUCAGAAAUAUUAUGCAAAUAGAUUUUACUGAAUUGAAGAGUUCGUUUCUGAAGGGUUUCUCAGGAAAUAGGAAUGGAAAUAUUCUACCUCUACUUAAUCCUCUGGAGCUUCUUAUUCAUCUAAACCUUGUAGAUUCAACGCUAUUCCAGAAUACUGGACUAGAGCACAGAUCUCAAUUGAUAAAAGCAGGAUUUAAGAAUGUUUUGACAACACAAGCUCCUUUUCUCGAUGAAUCUUUAUCAAUUCAUCAGUUUUACGAGUUUUUGAUCAGUGUAGGGUUCUCAAGCAAUCAUUCUAGUGAGCUGUUGUACAGUGGUGACCCCAACCUGAUCAGAUUACUGAGAAAGCUGGUUACUCAAAUAAAUGAUGAGCUAGGAGGAGACUUUCAAGUGGGAAGUGAAGAGUACAGCAGGAGAGUGAGUGAGUUAACCCAGAAUCAGACAGCGCUUCUGCAAACUGACCCACAUAUAAAUAUACUGAAGAAAAUGGUAAACUGGAAAUUGCCUGAUCCAGAGUCGACAACUGACCGGCUGGUAAAUAUUAAACACAGUUCAUCCGAGCUAAAGGAAAUAUAUGACAGACUGAAGGAUGAACCUCAACUAGGUUUCAGGAUCAACCAGGCUAACAGCUUCUAUGGCUCCCAGCCUUUGGAAUCGUAUAUUACAAACCUUGGGACUCUUCUUAAAGCAGGGUUCUCAUUAAAGCAGAUUAAAGCAGGAGUUGAAAUAUUGGUUCUGGACCCUGUGAAGGUUACCAAGGGCAUAAAGGAAGUGGAUGAGGAAGGAUGGAAACAGCUGAAUUUUAAAAAUAAAAAAUCUUGGAAGAAAGAUAAACUUGCUCUACCCUUAGUUGCUUAUUAUUUAGAGAAGAAAGAUGGAUUUCCUGUUCGUUUAGCAAGACCAUCAAAUAAAAACAGCUUCUAUGCCUCACCUACUAAUGGACAUGCAUCAGUUCAAACAGCUGGUCUUGAAGGCAACUUAAACCUUACUCAAGACAGGAUUCAAUAUCAAAGCUCUAGAGGAUUUAGAACAUCUCAUCAAGACAGGUUUAUUGUUCAUAUUCAGAAUCCGUUAAACAUUCUCAAGAUUCAUCUCAAGUUUAUGGAGAUAAGACAGCACUGGGAUCCCCACAGUUAUAACUAUGCUGUGUUAGCAAAAUAA